AUGAACAACUUUGGCGUCAUCGAGCUCGCCAGCGCGAAAACAACGUCCGCCCCGGGAUGGGCCUACGUACCCGACACGGCCAUCGCUCCCGGAUCGGCUGGCAUCCAGCCUGCCAACAGGAAACGGGCGCGCAACCCGGCCGGAGGAGGACCGAGCUUAAGCGAUCUAACAGCGAGACAAGAAAACAAGAUUCGCAAGGAGGUCGAGGCCCUGGGGAAGGACGGUUCAAAGGAUAAUACGAUUCCCCUACCGGCGAAGAGUGGCCGCACGCAAACGAAAUUCACCCCCAACGUGCGAAAAGUAAUGCAGUCCCAAAAGACAUUCGCGAACCACCUCGACGACUACCUCGCCCUCCAGGCCCUCGAGGCCCAACUAUCUUCCAACGCGAGCAAGCGGCCCGGGGCCGGCAAAAAGGACACUGCGGCGUCCACACCCAAGAAAUCUACUCAUGAUGAAGACGUCGCCAUGGCGGACGACUUGCCCCCCGUCUUGCCGCCGCCGGCUAAAGCGCCGCCCGCGCCGCACCCCGGUGAUGACGACCCGCUCCUCGUGUCUCGUGUGCCAGAGAUGCCGUCGGAUGCGGAGCUGCGCAGACUAUUGGCGCACCCGCCGUUGUCGUACCUCGAGGCGUUGGGAAACCUGGACGACAGAUAUCCGAGGAGGGUGUUUUGUGAAGUUUGUGGGUACUGGGGACGGGUGAGGUGUUUGAAGUGCGGGACGAGAGUUUGUGCGCUGGAUUGCUUGGAGACGCAUAGGGAGGAGUGUGUGACUCGAUAUGGACUGUGA